AGCCCGCAGGGGCGGGUCCGAGGCGGGGCGUCGGCCUGCAGCCAGCCCGCCGCCAGCCCGCCCUCCCCCGGCCGGCUCCUCGGCGCCGCCUGGGGUCCUUUCCGCCCGGUACCGCCAGCCAGCCCCGUGCCCGUUCGGCCAGGCCUGGAGCCGAGCCCUCCGCCAUCAUGCCGGCCGUAUCCAAGGGCGAUGGCAUGCGCGGGCUUGCCGUGUUCAUCUCCGACAUCCGGAACUGCAAGAGCAAAGAGGCUGAGAUCAAGAGGAUCAACAAGGAACUGGCCAACAUCCGCUCCAAGUUCAAAGGGGACAAGGCCUUGGAUGGCUACAGUAAGAAGAAGUAUGUGUGUAAGCUGCUUUUCAUCUUCCUGCUUGGCCAUGACAUUGACUUUGGACACAUGGAGGCUGUGAACCUUCUAAGCUCCAACAAGUACACAGAGAAGCAGAUAGGGUACCUGUUCAUCUCAGUCCUGGUGAACUCGAACUCAGAGCUGAUCCGGCUCAUCAACAACGCCAUCAAGAAUGACCUGGCCAGCCGCAACCCCACCUUCAUGUGCCUGGCCUUGCACUGUAUCGCCAACGUGGGCAGCCGUGAGAUGGGCGAGGCCUUUGCCGCUGACAUUCCCCGAAUCCUGGUGGCUGGAGACAGCAUGGACAGUGUGAAGCAAAGUGCAGCCCUAUGCCUGCUUCGACUUUACAAGGCUUCACCUGACCUGGUGCCCAUGGGCGAGUGGACGGCACGUGUAGUGCACUUGCUCAAUGACCAACACAUGGGAGUGGUCACAGCCGCUGUCAGCCUUAUCACCUGCCUCUGUAAGAAGAAUCCGGAUGACUUCAAGACCUGUAUCUCCCUGGCUGUGUCUCGCCUGAGCCGGAUUGUCUCGUCUGCCUCCACCGACCUCCAGGACUACACCUAUUACUUCGUUCCUGCCCCCUGGCUCUCCGUGAAGCUGCUGCGGCUGCUGCAGAGCUACCCACCGCCAGAGGACGCGGCUGUGAAAGGGCGGCUGGUGGAGUGUCUCGAGACCGUGCUCAACAAAGCCCAGGAGCCCCCCAAGUCCAAGAAGGUGCAGCACUCCAACGCCAAGAACGCUAUCCUCUUUGAGACCAUUAGCCUCAUCAUCCACUAUGACAGUGAACCCAACCUCCUGGUCCGCGCCUGUAACCAGCUGGGCCAGUUCCUGCAGCACCGGGAGACGAACCUGCGCUACCUGGCCCUGGAGAGCAUGUGCACGCUGGCAAGCUCUGAGUUCUCCCAUGAGGCUGUCAAGACUCACAUUGAUACCGUCAUUAAUGCCCUCAAGACGGAGCGGGAUGUCAGUGUGAGGCAGAGGGCAGCCGACCUCCUGUAUGCCAUGUGUGACCGCAGCAAUGCCAAGCAAAUUGUGUCAGAGAUGCUGCGGUACCUCGAGACCGCAGACUAUGCUAUCCGAGAGGAGAUCGUGUUGAAGGUGGCCAUCCUGGCUGAGAAGUAUGCAGUAGACUAUAGCUGGUAUGUGGACACCAUCCUCAACCUCAUCCGCAUCGCAGGCGACUAUGUGAGCGAGGAGGUGUGGUACCGAGUGUUGCAGAUCGUCACCAACCGUGACGAUGUCCAGGGUUAUGCUGCCAAGACAGUGUUUGAGGCCCUCCAGGCCCCAGCCUGUCAUGAGAACAUGGUGAAGGUCGGUGGCUACAUCCUUGGGGAGUUUGGGAACUUGAUUGCUGGGGACCCACGCUCCAGCCCACCUGUCCAGUUCUCAUUGCUGCACUCCAAGUUCCACCUGUGCAGCGUGGCCACCCGCGCCCUGCUCUUGUCCACCUACAUCAAGUUCAUCAACCUCUUCCCUGAGACCAAGGCCACCAUCCAGGGCGUUCUGCGUGCCGGCUCCCAGCUGCGCAAUGCCGAUGUGGAGCUCCAGCAGCGGGCAGUGGAGUACCUCACCCUCAGCUCUGUAGCCAGCACUGAUGUUCUGGCCACUGUGCUAGAAGAAAUGCCUCCAUUUCCCGAGCGCGAGUCAUCUAUCCUGGCCAAGCUGAAGCGCAAGAAGGGCCCUGGGGCAGCCAGUGCCCUGGAUGACAGCCGUAGGGAUACCAGCAACAAUGACAUCAAUGGGGGUGUGGAGCCCACCCCCAGCACCUCGACGCCCUCGCCCUCCGCGGACCUCCUGGGGCUGCGGGCAGCCCCUCCCCCCGCUGCACCUCCAGUUCCUGUAGGUGGGAACCUCCUGGUGGAUGUCUUCUCUGACGGCCCCAAUGCACAGCCCAGCCUGGGGCCCACCCCUGAGGAGGCCUUCCUCAGCCCAGGUCCUGAGGACAUAGGCCCUCCCAUCCCAGAAGCGGAUGAACUGCUGAAUAAGUUCGUGUGUAAGAACAGUGGGGUCUUGUUUGAGAACCAGCUGCUGCAGAUUGGAGUCAAGUCCGAGUUCCGGCAGAACCUGGGCCGAAUGUAUCUCUUCUAUGGCAACAAGACUUCUGUGCAGUUCCAGAGCUUCUCGCCCACCGUGGUCCACCCUGGAGACCUCCAGACUCAUAUCCUCUGCUCUUGGCCCUGAUAGUGCCCCAACCCACCCCUGUAGGCCCCUGGGAAGCAGACACUCAGGUCCAUACCUGUUCAGCCCUCACUAUGAAUUAGGCGUAUGUUACCUCUAAGACUAUGUAUGCAUAGUAGGUAGGCCUCUACCCAGGGACAGAUGACAGAGACCCAAUGUACAGGAUGUAUGACUUCCAGCACCCCAACUACCCCUGCCAGCACCUUACCUUUGCUGAUGUGGUCUGUAUGAGGCUUCAUGCUAUGGGGCUAGGGGCUCCUGCACUCAGGUUACCCAGGGAUGCUGCAUGCACUGGUAGUCCUGGAGUACCACAGCUGAGUGACUUGCUUCCUAACGCCCCAGAAAAGUAGCUCCCCCUCUUUCUGCUUAUGAGGACCUUUUGUUGUUUUUGAAACUGUACGAUGCAGCCUAGGCUGGCUUCCACUCACUCUACAGAUUGGGCUGGCUUUGAAUUCAAGGUGAGCCGUCUGCUCCUACCUGUGCUUAUAGGUGUGCACCAGUAAGCCCAGCUUCCUGGGAUGUUCUGGAAGGUGUAUCAGAGCCAGGCCCCCCUCCCCCUUCUAUGGUCCUCAGUCCACAUGUGUGAGACCAGAACAACUAGUCCUUCACCCUCUGCUUCGUCCACCAGCUUUCCAGAGCCAGGGCAGACUGCUCUAUGUCUGAAGCAGGGCAGGCCAGGCCAGGCCAGGUAGGGUAUAGGAACCAGCCAGCCUGGCACUUACAUGUUCUUGUCAUGGGGUCAGGCCUGAGUACAGAUGGUGACACUAAUUACGUCCAUCUGGGUGCACGGCCACUGCUCCUCAGACAGACAUGUCCUGAUGGUGGAUGGUUUCAGUGGCUCCCCAGGACAUUUCACAUGGACCCAGUUUGUACUUGAGGCUAAGAAAAUACUGUGAUGCCCAUCAUGGUCCAUGAGGUUAGUCACCCAUUGGAGCCAGGAGUGGAGGCCAGAAGGAGAUUCCUAAGUGUCUCAGAUGCCCCAGGACAAAGAGUGUGGGAGUUAGAUGUAGGGGAGUCUGUGGUUGGCCCUCAGAACCUCUGGUGUACCCCGGUUGGGGCUGCCCCAAGACGCCCUCAGCUUGUGCCACCUGUCCCUAGCCAGCUUCC